AUGGAAAUGGAGAUCGGUUCGACAGGCGCCACCGCAGCAUCCACCAACUUCUCGCUGCCGGUGGACUCUGAGCACAAGGCCAAGUCCAUCAAAAUCUUCUCCUUCGGCAACCCACACAUGCGUGCAUUCCACCUUGGAUGGAUGUCCUUCUUCACCUGCGUUGUCUCCACCUUCGCCGCUGCACCACUCAUCCCCAUCAUUCGCGACAACCUCAACCUCACCAAGGCUGACAUCGGCAACGCUGGGGUCGCCUCUGUGUCUGGUGCCAUCUUCUCAAGGUUGGCCAUGGGCGCCAUCUGCGACCUUCUUGGCCCACGCUACGGCGGUGCUUUCCUCAUCAUGCUUUCUGCACCGGCAGUGUUCUGCAUGUCCGUCAUCGACAGUCCCGCCGGAUACAUCAUUGUACGCUUCCUCAUUGGUGUCUCACUUGCCACCUUUGUGUCAUGCCAAUACUGGAUCAGCACCAUGUUCAAUAGCAAGAUCAUUGGGACAGUCGGCGGCUUAACAGCGGGGUGGGGAGACAUGGGUGGAGGUGCCACACAGCUCAUCAUGCCUUUCGUCUUCGAUGCCAUCAAGGCAUGUGGUGCGACACGUUUCACCGCGUGGCGCAUCGCCUACUUCGUGCCAGGAAUGAUGUUGGUGGUGAUGGGCUUGCUCGUGCUCACCUUGGGACAGGACCUUCCCGAUGGCAACCUGAGGAACCUCCAAAAAAAUGGUGACAUGAACAAGGACAAGUUCUCCAAGGUUCUCCGUGGAGCCGUCACCAACUAUCGAACCUGGAUCUUUGUCUUCAUCUAUGGCUAUUGCAUGGGCGUCGAGCUCACCUCAAACAACGUGAUUGCCGGGUACUACUACGAUAGUUUCUACCUCGACCUUCGAAAAGCAGGUAUCAUUGCCGCCUGCUUUGGCUUGGCCAAUAUCUUUGCACGCCCCAUGGGCGGGUACCUCUCCGACCUUGGUGCUCGCUACUUCGGCAUGCGUGCCCGACUCUGGAACAUCUGGAUCCUCCAGACUGCUGGUGGAGUCUUCUGCCUUUGUCUCGGUCGUGCAUCCACCCUUCCCACCUCCAUAGCAUGCAUGGUCCUGUACUCCAUCUGUGUCGAGGCUGCAUGCGGCGCUGUCUAUGGUGUCAUCCCCUUCGUCUCCCGCCGCUCCCUCGGGCUCGUCUCUGGCAUGACCGGUGCAGGCGGUAAUGUGGGUGGCGGUCUCACACAGCUCCUCUUCUUCACUUCAUCGCAAUACACCACCGGCAAAGGACUCCAGUACAUGGGCAUCAUGAUCAUGGUGUGCACGCUCCCCGUCAUUCUCGUGCACUUCCCACAGUGGGGCUCCAUGCUUGUCCCUCCCAGCGCGGACGCCACCGAGGAGGAGUACUAUGCCGCCGAGUGGACGGAGGAGGAGAAGGGCAAGGGUCUCCACAUGGCCGGACUCAAGUUCGCUGAGAACAGCAUAUCUGAGCGUGGCAAACGCAAUGCCAUCCUGGCCGUACCUGCUACCCCACCCAACAGCACGCCACAACACGUGUAG